ACGCGACGCCCCGACCUCGAUGUUUACCCUGGUAUCUCUCCACCCUCCGAUCACUUUCUCUCUCUAGAAAGUUUAUUCCGAAUUUUGAUUCUGCUUGGAUCCCCUAAUCUUUCAUUGUUGGAUCCAUUUUCUGUGCGUACUUCGACAAAACGCCAUUCCCUAUAUAUUCUCCCUCAUCAUCUUCAUCGAACUGUUUUCCCUCUCACACCCUCAAAACUGAACAACUCACAAACUCAUACCAAAAAAGGAAAACAAUAGAGGCUCGUUUUAAUGCAAUUUGCUGAGAAAAUGCAACCCCAGAAAAUGGGGUUUCGUGAGUACAUCGAAGCAUUGGAGGAAGAAAGGAGAAAGAUUCAAGUUUUCCCUAAAGAGCUUCCUCUUUCAUUGGAGCUUGUCACGCAAGCCAUUGAAACAUGUAAGCAGCAAUUGUCUGGAACGGUUGCUGAGUACAAUUUAAAUGGCCAAUCGGAGUGUUCGGAGCAGACAUCAAUGGAUGAAGGACCUGUUUUUGAGGAGUUCAUUCCUAUAAAGAAAAGGGAAUCCCCAGAUUCUGUUGAAGAAGAUGAUGAUGAAGAAGAAGAUAAUGAUGAUGAUGAUGAAGAGCAACAUUCUCAUAAGCACAAGAACACGAACACCCAGAAAUCAGAUUGGCUCAGAUCUGUUCAGUUGUGGAAUCCCAGUCCCCCUCCUUCCAAAGAGGAUGUGCCAAGAAAAACAAAUGUUGUGGAAGUGAAGAGAAACGGUGGUGCUUUUCAGCCAUUUCAGAGAGAGGAAAGUGGUGUUGGAAAGGGAAAUGCAUCAGCAAAUGGUAAAGCACCCUCUUCACCACCAGUGGCUGCUACAAGUUCUACAGGGCCAGUGAGAGUAGAGAAUGGUGGUGGAAGCAGCAAAGGAGAAGAGAAAGGACAGGCUCAGAGAAAGCAGCGCAGGUGUUGGUCUCAGGAAUUGCACAAACGCUUCUUGCAUGCACUUCAGAUGCUUGGGGGUGCAGAUUCUGCCACGCCCAAACAGAUCAGGGAGUUAAUGAAGGUUGAUGGCCUCACCAAUGAUGAAGUCAAAAGUCAUUUACAGAAAUUUCGUCUGCACACUAGAAGAAGCCCCAUAAUUCAGAACAAUGGUAAUUCACAAACAACCCCUUUAUUCCUUGUGGGGAACAUUUUUGUGCAACCACAAGAAUAUGGUGCGGUAGCUACUUCAACAGCAUCUGGAGGAGGGGAAUUGACCACAGUUACACCUCCAACUGGAAUUUAUGCGCCUGUGGCUUCACACCCUCCACCUGUCACCCACACACCAAUCAAAUUUAAGCAAUUAGAGGUGUCUCACUCUCAGCAUUCACAUUCUGAAGAAGAAAGGGCUAAUCACAGUGAAGGGGAUGUUCAUUCAAAUUCCCAUGCUUCCUCAUCCUCCACCCCAACUUCACCUGCCUCUUGAUUUUUAUAAUGCUGUAAAGAAAAUUUUGUAACCUAUUUGUAGUGGAAAACUAAUCCUUUAAUUACCUUGUGUGUUAUUACUAUUCUAUUCUUAGUUUUUUUUAAUAUAAAUUUUGUAGUU